GAUGAUUGAGGAAGGUGGGAACAAGCGGAAGACCAUGGCCGAGAAGAGGCAGCUCUUCAUAGAAAUGCGUGCUCAGAAUUUUGAUGUCAUACGACUAUCAACUUACAGAACAGCUUGCAAGUUACGGUUCGUACAGAAGCGAUGCAACCUUCAUCUCGUUGAUAUCUGGAACAUGAUCGAAGCUUUCCGAGACAAUGGCCUUAACACCCUGGACCAUACCACUGAGAUCAGCGUGUCCCGCCUCGAGACCGUCAUCUCCUCCAUCUACUAUCAGCUGAACAAGCGCCUUCCUUCUACUCACCAGAUCAGCGUGGAGCAGUCCAUCAGCCUCCUCCUCAACUUUAUGAUCGCCGCCUAUGACAGUGAGGGCCGAGGCAAGUUGACCGUAUUUUCAGUUAAAGCUAUGUUAGCAACCAUGUGUGGUGGAAAAAUGCUGGACAAAUUGAGAUACAUUUUCUCCCAGAUGUCAGACUCCAAUGGCUUGAUGAUGUUUGGCAAGCUUGACCAGUUUCUGAAGGAGGCCCUGAAGCUCCCGACAGCCGUCUUUGAAGGCCCGUCCUUCGGUUACACAGAGCACGCAGUCCGCACCUGUUUUCCACAGCAGAAGAAGAUAAUGCUGAAUAUGUUUUUAGACACCAUGAUGGCCGACCCUCCCCCCCAGUGCCUUGUCUGGCUACCUCUCAUGCACAGGCUUGCCCAUGUGGAGAACGUCUUCCAUCCCGUGGAGUGCUCCUACUGCCACUGCGAGAGCAUGAUGGGAUUCCGGUACCGAUGCCAGCAGUGCCACAACUACCAGCUCUGCCAGAACUGCUUUUGGCGUGGCCAUGCCAACGGCACCCACAGCAACCAGCACCAGAUGAAGGAGCAUUCCUCUUGGAAAUCCCCUGCAAAGAAGCUGAGCCAUGCAAUUAGUAAAUCUUUGGGCUGUGUCCCCUCCAGAGAACCCCCACAUCCUGUUUUUCCUGAGCAACCAGAGAAACCACUUGACCUUGCACAUAUAGUCCCUCCUCGCCCCCUGACUAAUAUGAACGACACCGUGGUCAGCCACAUGUCCUCUGGAGUGCCCACUCCCACCAAGAGGUUACAGUGUAGCCAGGACAUGCCCCAUCCCUUGGCCGAUGAGCAUACGCUGAUAGCCUCCUAUGUGGCCCGUCUGCAACACUGCACACGUGUCCUGGACAGUCCGAGCCGACUGGAUGAGGAGCACCGGCUAAUAGCACGUUAUGCUGCCCGACUGGCCGCAGAGGCUGGAAACAUGACCCGACCUCCCACGGACGCCAGCUUCAACUUCGAUGCCAACAAACAACAGAGACAGCUCAUUUUAGAACUGGAAAACAAGAACAGAGAGAUCCUGCAGGAGAUCCAGCGCCUGCGGCUGGAGCACGAGCAGGCUUCCCAGCCCACUCCCGAGAAGGCCCAGCAGAACCCCACGCUGCUGGCGGAGCUGCGCCUGCUGAGGCAAAGGAAAGAUGAGCUGGAGCAGAGGAUGUCAGCGCUGCAGGAGAGUAGGCGGGAGCUGAUGGUGCAGCUGGAGGGCCUGAUGAAGCUGCUGAAGGAGGAAGAGCAAAAGCAGGCAGCUCAAGCCACAGGGUCACCUCACACAUCACCCACUCAUGGAGGCGGCCGCCCUAUGCCCAUGCCUGUGCGUUCCAUGUCUGCCGGCUCCACCCCGACCCACGGCCCACAGGACUCACUGAGUGGAGUUGGGGGAGAUGUCCAGGAGGCCUUUGCACAAGGUACGAGGAGAAACCUCCGCAAUGACCUGCUGGUGGCUGCUGACUCCAUCACCAACACCAUGUCAUCCCUGGUGAAGGAGCUCCAUUCAGGCUGGCCAUCGCCUCCUUCUGAAGCUGUCCUGGAUGUGGCAGCCGUCAGCACCACGCCCCCUGUCUCUAUUCCAGCUGCCCUCUGGCUUCCUCCUGACUCUGUUUCGUCCAUGAGCAGGCUCUGAUCUCACCUGAAGACCCCAGCUGCAGCUCCCUCCCUUCUCCAUGCUCGGUCCUGUUUGACUCCUUCCUCUGCUCCACAGCGUGUUCCCUUUACAUGAACCCUGGGAGGGGGGGGACCACAAAGCCACCGUACCUCCAAGUACCCCUCCGCUCCAUCAGUGAUGGAGCCACUCAGAGCUUAGGGAUUAUCCUCCUGCCGCGGCAUUCCUGUGCGGCUGCCAUCCCCAAAGGGCCCUCUCCGUCCUUCAUUACCCAAGGCAGUGUCUGUAAGUACUCUGCAGUAGCUUAGCAGAGCGUUGUGUCCAGGGGGCCGUUCAGACACUCCUGUGGAAGGCAAGCCACAUUUCAGCAUGGGAACGCAUCUCCUUGAGGGCUGUCGUCUCUUCCACACCUCAGCCCUCACGUCCACCUCUUUUCCUUCGGAAGGGGUUACUCCCGUGGCCUGAUUGGCUUCCCCAGCUCAGCUCGCUCGCCCAUUCUGCCACGGGCCAUGUGACGCCCUCGCCCUCUCUCAUCCUGUUGCUCAUGGCCACACUGAAACCCAGCCCUCACUGUAUAUGCACAGAGCUGGACGGGGGUCGGGGAGGGUGACCUCAGGAGACCUCGCAGCUGACUAGAAGGCCCUUUCUCUAACCGAGCUCCCUAACAGACUUCACUUACAGUUUCAGAGGGAGUUUCUCAGGGACUUCUAGGACACGCAGAGAGAGUACAGUUAGAGUUUAAUGCAAAAGCAGGUGACUCACGAGCUCAGGGCUCAUGAGAGUGGGAUUUGAUGGACAGGGACCGAGGCAGGAUGGCAGUGCAUGCCUGCCAUCCCCAAUUCUUGGGAGCCUUAUGAAUUCAAAGCCCACCUAGGCUCUAUGGUGGGGGAGGGAGGCAAGAACAUCAGUUAACAUGGAAAGUUGGUUCUAAUAAAACUGUGUCAUUUAGAAGGUGUAUGUUCGCGGCCCUAUUGUCCAACUUUCUUAUUUUUAGAAAUAUGGUGAGGGAGUUUUCAGGGAAGUUGCUUGUGAUCACACAGCAUGCAGAGGCAAAACUAGUUCUAGAGCAACAUGAAGCCAGGCGACGGGGCAGGUUCUGUGAUGCUCCUUUCCUCAAGCACAGAGGCCUGUAGUUCGACAUAGACAUCCGUCACCCAGCACCCUCGGUAAAUGCAGAGAUGAAUCCUAUCCCUCGGUGGAUGCCCACGUGGCGCAUGUUGACUUCUUCCUUGAAGGUGGCUUUGGUUAGGAUAGGAGUGGACAACAGGUUGACUCUUCAUACACCUCCCGCAGCAUGCACAGGACACACAUCUAUAGUUUGUCUUCCUCAUUUUUCAAAAAAAUUUUUUUCAAGUAAUGGAAUCCUAGGGUUCAAAGGGGUCUUAGAGAUAUUUCAGUGAACUCGCUGUCAAUUUAGAAGCCUCCAGUUUGAAUAUUUCCGGGGAGCUCAUUUAUAGCCAGCUCUAAGAGUUCUUCCUUAUUAGGGAGCUAAAAUCUCCCUUUCUGUCAUGGGUUGUUUCCUGCCGAAAGCUGCCCUAAGUCCAGACUUUCUCUCCAGGCCAGCUUCAGAGUGGAUGGUGGUAGACAGUGUGGUAACUCCCAAGUUUCCUCCUUUUUUAGGAGAGUCUCCCCAAUCUCUUUAACAUGUAUCAACUAUGUCAUGAUUGUCUGCUCUCCUGUUUGGCCACACCUGGCGAGAUGUGGCCUGAUUUCCAAGGUCCAGAUGCAGCGAGAACACCCAGUGUUGAGCACACAGCCCCCUUUCAAAGCCGGUCUUAACCUGGGCUUCCCUCCGCCAUGCACUUCUAUAAUUGUUUUCUUGAACCUGAAUGCAAAAUAUUGAGUAUAACCCUAGUAGAUGGCACCCCCACCUUGAUCUCCAAAGAUGCCAGCAGGUUAACAUCAUGCCCCUGGCUUCAUGGGUGUGCAGGGUUCCAGUCAAACAGUACCAGGGUGUGGAGCUGUUGGGCACGGGCAAGGGACAUUUAUACACCCUGGAGGCUGCUCGCUGCCUCAGGGCUCGGCCUCAGACCUCGGGCCUUCCAAGUUGCCUCCCUCACCUGCCUCCCACCCUGGUGCCAGACCCAAGGGUCACUGGCCUCCUUGGACUUGU